GGGUCCCGUGGCCGCUAAUUAAACCCCUGCCGCGAGCGAGGCCCCGCCCCCUCCUGCUGCCACGUAGAAACAUUCCGUGGAAGUGGAGAGAGCCGCUUCACCCCCUAAAACAGACGCCCCGCUCCUACGUACCGCAACCGUUCCCGUUUCUGCCGCUUAUUAACGCGUUGGCAUGCUAAUACAUAAACCAGCAAGGACACACGUGUAGGGACAUUGAUAGAUUAAAAUUGGAGAGAUUCGGGAGGUGUGUUGGAUUUUUAAAGGGCUCAGAAAGGGGGUUUAGCUUCACAGGCCCUUAUUUGCAGCUGUUUUUUGAGGGACCCCGCGCUACCACGUUGACACAUCUACGAGUGCGGACUGCGCAUGAGCGAUACGUGGUGGCCAAGUUGUAUGAACGCUGUAUCGGACUGGGCAGCUAGAGGAAGGAAGACCCGAGCCGGAGCAGAGCCUAUUCACACCGGGGAAGAGGCGGGGAGUGCGUGUUACAUUAAUAGGCUAUAUAUACCGUAGUGAGUCGGCUGUUAUUUGGAUAUUAGUUAUCAGAUACUAUAAAAAUGAUCCAGUGCGUGCACGCGAUGUUCUAUCUGGCGGUUUGGGUGGCGUUCGCCGCCUGCAGCGCUCCCCCGGUCCCGUUAGACGACAUCAUCAUUGAGAAAACUUUCGAGCCAGAAGUGUGCGGGCGUGCGGUGAAAGUAGGCGACUACGUCAGGUAUCACUACAUCGGAACGUUUCCCGACGGAAAGAAGUUCGAUUCGAGUUAUGACCGCGGUAGCACCUAUAAUGUGUUCGUGGGUAAGAAGCAGCUGAUCGCGGGAAUGGACAAGGCCCUGGUCGGCAUGUGUGUGAACCAGCGGAGUCUCGUCAAGAUCCCCCCGCAGCUGGCCUAUGGGAAAGGAGGAUAUGGUGACAUCAUCCCCGCAGACUCCAUCCUCCACUUUGACGUGCUGCUUCUGGACGUGUGGAACCCCGAGGACGGGGUGCAGAGCACCACCUACCUGACCCCGCCCACCUGCGUGCGCAAGGUGGAGGUGUCUGACUACGUGCGCUACCACUACAACGGCACCCUGCUGGACGGCACUCUGUUCGACUCCAGCCACACGCGCCUGCGUACCUACGACACCUACGUGGGGAUUGGCUGGCUGAUCGCUGGCAUGGACCAGGGCCUUCUGGGAAUGUGCGUCGGGGAGAGACGCAUCAUCACAAUGCCGCCAUCUCUGGGAUACGGCGAGAACGGAGACGGUAGUGACAUCCCUGGGCAGGCGUCGCUGGUGUUUGACGUGGUGCUGCUGGACCUCCACAACCCCCGGGACUCCAUCGCCGUGACCAACCAGGUGCUGCCCGAGCCGUGCCCGAGGAAGAGCGCCACGGGGGACUUUGUGCGCUACCACUACAACGGCUCGCUGCUCGACGGGACCUUCUUCGACUCCAGCUACUCGCGCAACCACACCUACGAUACGUACGUGGGGAAGGGCUAUGUGAUCGCCGGCAUGGACGAGGCUCUGAUCGGGGUGUGCAUGGGCGAGCGGCUGACCAUCACCAUCCCCCCCCACCUGGCCUACGGAGAAGAAGGAACAGGCUCCAAGAUCCCCGGCUCGGCGGUGCUGGUGUUUGACGUCCACAUCAUCGACUUCCACAACCCCACGGACACCACCGUGAUGACCGUCAUCCACAAGCCCGAGGAGUGCGAGAAGAUCACCAAGAACGGAGACUUCGUCAAGUACCACUACAACGCCUCGUUGAUGGACGGCUCCCACAUCGACUCCACGCACAACUACGGAAAGACGUACAACAUCGUGCUGGGGGCCAACCAGGUGGUGCCUGGUAUGGAGGAGGGCCUCAAGGACAUGUGUGUGGGAGAGAAGAGACACCUGGUCAUCCCCCCUCAUCUGGGCUACGGGGAGGGAGGCGUCACCGAUGAGGUGCCCGGCAGUGCGGUGCUGGUGUUUGACGUGGAGCUGGUUGAGGUGGAGGAGGGGCUUCCUGAAGGCUACAUGUUCAUCUGGAACGACGACGUGUCCCCCGACCUCUUCACCGAGAUGGACGUGGACCUCGACCAGCAGGUGGUGGCCUCGGAGUUCACAAACUACAUCAUGCGACAGGUGACGGAGGGCAGAGGUCGUCUGGCCCCGGGCUUCGACCCCUACCGCAUCAUCGACAACAUGUUCUCCAACCAGGACCGCAACGGAGACGGCAAGAUCACCGAGUCCGAGUUCAGGCUGAAGGCGGACGAGGCGACCCACGACGAGCUAUGACGGGCUUCAUGAUGUCCCUGAAGACCCCCUAGUCGGGGUUUAACAGUUCAAGUGGGCCAGGGGUUGAG